AUGAAUUGGGGUAUCAUAUUUAUAGGCAACAUUAGCUUAUAUCCAAUUAAAUCCAGAUAUAGACCUAUAUGAUAUUAAACUAAUCAAGCCACCUACCAAAGAUGGUUAGAGGUAUAUGUACAUAUAGAUUAAUGUUGUAGUAAUUGCAGCUAAACGAUAAGGAGUGUUAUAUAUUUUCGAUACAAUCAAAUAAAAUAAGAAAAAUAAACCAAUAUAAAGGAAUGGCAUAAUAAAUUACCAAACAAUACUAGAAUAAUGAAUUUGAAAAUCGAAUAAAUCCUUUAGUAAGCAAUCUAGAGAAUGAGUAAUAGUUUAAAUUGGAUUGCCAAUAGCAUUAACAACUUCACCAACACCAAUUAUAUUUGA